AUGGCCUGCAUCAGUUCAGACUUCUUCUGGCCCUCCGGACGCAUUGCAGUCCCUCAAAAUGGCAGUCGAACUUGCCAGCGGACACUCGACAGCAACAGACCGGCCGGCCGGCUCUUGAGGAUACCCUUUCGCCUCCUAACGGGCACGACAGUUUGUGCAACUUCGGCCGGACGCCAUGAGGCAGACAGUGUCAACAUGAAGAAAGGCGUCUCGCAGGGAUCGCGGAGAUUGACGGCUGUUCGAUUCCAGCCGAACUCACGAAGCUCAGGCUCGAGUCCCGCUGGGAGACCGGCGCUUUUCGCGAGCAGAGUGUAA